CAAAAAGUGCAUUUUUAUACCUUUUCAUCUUUUUGUAACAAACGGUCGCCAUCGUUGUGCGAUUUGCAGUAGCAAGGAAACAAAACUAUUUAUUAUUUCAGUUGUUGGUUAUUUGUUCCUAAAGCAAAGCAUAAAUUAUUUUAGAUCAAGAAGUUUGGCUGGUACUUAAAUACUUCUGUUAUCAAAUCUGCUGUGAGAUAAAAAUAACGGAUUUCACCUUCAUUUACUAAAAUUCGGACACAAUGGAUUACUGUCCAUCAGAUAACUUAAAGAAACAACGUUACUUUGCAGCUCAAACUCUGCAAAAGGCCGACAAUAUAAGAAAGCGUAGUCCUCUGAAUAAUCGCCAACCUUCAACACCUCCUACCAAGGAUAACGAUAUUAGUGACGAUUCGCGGAAUGAUGGGGAGUCUAUGCUUCAACCGCGUCGGUACAAAUCUAUCAACAUUACGGAACUAGAGGAGGAUAACACCAUUCACAUGCAAGCCACACCGCAUAGGGUUAGCUUCGAGCCUAAAGAAAUUGCCGCAAGAUCUACGAUGGAUGAAAGCAGAGUUGAUAUUGCACGUCGCAGGUUGGAAGUUGAUCAAAUUGCUCCAGAUAUCCGAGAGAUUUUACAGCAGAGCUUUGCGGACGAGAUUCGCGAACUGUCUCAUCAAAAUGGUAAACCAAAGCUAGCAGCAAAUGAUUCGGUCUACGGCGUAAAUCGUGCGGACCUGAGCCUGCCGCGUACAGCUGGCAUAAGCAGAACAUCCUCGACGAGGGCGUCGCUUUUGUCUAUCCCACCAAAAGAUGUUAAAUCACAAAAGCAAGAUUUCUGGAACUUGUCUUCGGCAGUUUUUGCAGAAAGCUGGAUGCAGAAGGAACUUUCCCAGCUAGAAGAAAUUGAAUUUCAGGCUGCAGAUGAACAAGCUUCCAGGUUACUUCGCGAUGAGUUGUCUUGGGAGCAGGAAAAAGCUAUUAUCCCAAAAACGAGUGUGAAGCAGUCAUCGCCCACUGCUUCGACAAUGGACGCAAAAGUUCCAAAAAAUUUCAAAAAUCAUGUAGAUUUUUCCUGUUUUUCUGGGUACCUGGAGCAAGAUGAUGUGGAACCUAUGCAGGCCACUCGCAUCGAAGACGGCAGUUAUUGCUCAGUUGGAGAAUACUUCAAUAAGAUGUCCGAUCUGAAGGAUGUUCUAUCUAGUAGAAGUCCCCCGCGCAGGACGCCAGAUCCGUUGGUGGAUUUGAGUAAUUUAUCUCCAGUGGAAAACGUUGGGAAAAGUUCGCCACAGAUUAAUAACGACAACAACCGAAAACCAGAGGAGUCAAACAAAGAGAACUCGCUGAGUGUGUCCAGUAUGUUAAAAGCUUUAAAAUCUGUACAAUUGGAGGAUUCCCCAACAGCAUUCAUAAAUAAAUUGUCACAUCUUCGUAAAACAAAAUCCAAUCUCACUGAAGCGGUUGUACGUGAACCAAUGUUGUCGCAUCCACCUAAGGAAUUGCAUAAAACCUCGUCUCUUAGGGCGGAUUUAAACGCAGUCUCUAAAACUGCUUCUUUCGAGACUGAUCUCGAAGCGGCAAAAUUGUGUGAUCCCAAACGAAAUGAUAAUUUGGCCGAUACGGUUAGCUUCACCGAAUCUUUGCUAGAAUCGUCUUCAUUUGUUUCGGCGAAACCUCAUCGUGAACCGCCUUCUACCGCAAAAACUAUACAUAAUGAACCAGAUGGGACAUAUAAAAUUUCAACGGUAAAAAAACCUCUCAUGGAUACAUACCGGGUUUCAACAGCGACCAAACUGUCCGAACAACAGUUAGAACUUCCGCCAGUUCCUAUGAUACGGAAUCCUCCAAAAUGUCAGCGGCAGAAUAAAAUGGAGGACGCGCCGAUAAAACCAAAUCGAAAAAGAAGAUCAAGCUCUGCUACUAGACAAGAAUUGCAACAUGCUGAAGAAAUUCGAGUGGAAGCGGUCGCUGUUCAAAAGCGUAGUCGAUCACCUUGCAACGUGGCUGAACUGAAGGCUGUAGCUAGCCAUCUGGUAGAAUAUCCGGAUACUCCUAAAGGAUCCGUUCCAUCACAACGUGGUGUGGUUGGCCACGGUCAAAAAUCGUUUCUUUCGCCUGAACCACGUUCUCGCGACACUCAAAUGUACGGUGGUAAAUCUCCAUUCACGUCCCCCAAAUCAGUCGCUUCAAGUCUCGAAUCAGAAAUGGCAGAUCGUGCUGCCUACACGGAUCCCAUUUCAUCAAAGAAUCAUAUAUCAACCGGAAACUUUGCUUUCAGUUCUGCUCGAUCUGCAUCUCAGUGCUCGGUUGCAGGCAGUGAGUUUAGUCAUAAAGACGGCAUACUCCCACUAAAAGCAACGCACAACGAAAUUUCCUGGGGAAGCACUAGACUUCGACGAAACGAGAAAAAAUCUAUGCAAAUCAAGAACAUGUCACAAAAAAAGUUAGUUGUUAAAGCAAGCAUUACGGGACCGGGUUUCCAGUUAUGUGGAAUGGAGCCAAGUGGCAUUCUAACAUUACAAAGUCAGGAAUGUCGCACUGUAACGGUGGACUUUUGUCCGACGGUGAUUGGUCCUGCUGUAGGCGUGUUAAGUUUUCAACCACCGCACGAUUGCUACGGCCAGCGAAUAGUUUCUCUCUAUGGAUAUGGCGGCGAAGCGUCCAUCAGAGUAGAGGGAAUUCAGAAAGGACCUGGUGGACCAUAUUUAGAACUUGGCCAAGCACGCAACUUAGGAUGCCCGCUAGAAAAAUCCUUUUCACUUUACAACAAAGGUAGUCUCCCAGCAUUUGCGCGGAUUGGAAUUGAUAAAAAAGGUUUGGAUCAAACAUUCCUGGCCUCUGCUGUCCACGUGCAACCGCAAAAGGUAAUCAUUCCACCGAACAGCUACGCCCACAUUCACGUCGUUUUUAAACCAAGUCGCCAGGAGGUGGCCCAAAUUUUACAAAAACAUAUCGAUGUUUUGUCCAUAACCAACUUACACAUUUUAUGGGGUGAUGAACCAACACGUCAUCGCGUUCGCAAGAUAAUCUCUAUUAUAAAACGCCACAACUUAAAACAGAACAAGCUGACUCCGCUGGAAUCAGUUUGCGAAAUCUUUCCUAAAGAACACGAGUUGUGUGAGCUGGAAUCGUUUAGUGAGAACCUUUUCGAAACCAUUCACGAACUUUUUCUAACAUUCCGGGAAUAUGAACUUGUUCUCACUGUCGAUCGUGCUUUGGACGAAACUAUGCUGGACCUUUCACUGUCGGAGGAUAGCAGCGCCUUGUUCAAAACUAUGUUUAUCCCUCCUGAAGUCGGAUCACCUUGCCUGCCGCAGGAGACCACCGCAGCCGGCCUCACGACGGCAUCACUGCAGUCUGCUAAACGUGAAAGUGGCGAGUCUUGGAGUGUUCGACCGACCUUCCUCGAGUUUCGUCCUGGCGAGCGGACGAAACAGUUUGUGAUCAAAAGCAAUUUUUAUACGAUGCAGUUUUUCGAACUAAACUCUAACUUUCGGCCGCUGUUCAAAUUCUCCCCAAUGGAAGGUCAAAUUCGACCGGGACAGGAGGUAUUGGUGAAUGUAGACUUUCAUUCGGGGCCCCCAACUCAGCAACAGAUUCUGAUCGUGGUUUAUAUUGAGAAUGAGAAAAUAACCAUACCGGUCUACGUUCGGAAUAGAUAAUAAUGUUCUCGGCUGGAGCUUAAGUAUUUGUAUUUAUUUAUUGUGUUCUAUAGUGAUUAACCUAGUGUAAUGUGAAUUUAAAAUAA